CCUAUUGUGAUGCUCCGGCUCACACACACACACUCGCUCACACACUCACUUAACCCAGCGCCAACAGCCAAAGAAACUAAUGCUGCCCUCUUUACCAGCGUUUGAGUUUUUAAAACUAUGCCUUGAUGCAACUUAGUAACCCUGCUGGAGUUCGGAAAGUGGGAGAAGUGGAAAGGGAAAGUUGGGAAGUAAUCGGUGAAGUUUUUUGCUAUUCCCGUGCAGGAGCGCAUCGAGCCAUAAUGGCGAGUCGUACGCGGACAGGAUCUCGAUUCUCUCUCACGGCGUGGAGCACACACUCCCGAUCAUACUGGAAUAACCUGGGGAUUUCAAAGUGGAGCCUAGUCGCCCUCUUGGUGUUUGUUUGUGGUGGAUUUUGUGGUGCGGAUAGUGAGUUUUCGAUCCUGGAAGAGGCUCAAGUUUUGGCAGUGCAGAUGAAGAAGCUGUCUACUCAGGAGCUGGGUGUUUUUACCAUGCAGAGAAUCUUCAACUCCUUUGUGUACACAGAGAAAACUUCAAAUGGUGAAACAGAGGUGCAGCAGCUAGCGAAAAAGAUCCGUGAGAAGUUUAACCGAUACCUGGAUGUGGUAAACAGGAACAAGCAGGUGGUUGAAGCUUCUUACACGGCCCACCUCACAUCCCCUCUCACAGCCAUCCAGGACUGCUGCACCAUCCCUCCUUCCAUGAUGGAAUUCGACGGUAAUUUUAACGCCAAUGUUUCGAAGACCAUCAGCUGUGAUCGGCUCUCCCCUACUGUCAAUAGCCGAGCUUUCAACCCAGGACGAGACCUCAACUCUGUGCUGGCAGACAACCUCAAGUCCAAUCCAGGGAUCAAGUGGCAGUACUUCAGCUCAGAGGAGGGCAUUUUCACUGUGUUUCCUGCUCACAAGUUCCACUGCAAGGGCACAUAUGAGCACAGGAGCAGGCCUGUGUAUGUUUCGGCAGUAAGGCCACAGUCAAAGCAUAUUGUAGUGAUCGUAGACCAUGGUGCCUCCGUCACUGAGACCCAACUCCAGAUCGCCCGUGACGCUGCGCUAAUCAUCCUCAACUCCAUCGAUGAACAUGAUAAAAUCUCCAUGUUGACGAUAGCAGAUAUUGUUCGUUCCUGCUCUCUGGAUCAGUGCUACAAGAGUUUCCUUUCACCUGCUACCAGCGAGACUAAGAGGAAGAUGAGCACCUUCAUCAACAACAUUAAAGCUUCUGACAGCCCUACCCAGCAUGCACUGGGCUUCCAGAAAGCCUUUCAGUUGUUGAGGAACACAAGCAACGUCACCAGACAGCUGACUAACACCGACAUGGUGAUAAUCUACCUGUCAUCGGGCAUCACUUCCCGAGACUCAUCCGAGCACGAAAAGAGAGCGACCUUGAGUGUGGUAAAAGAUGAGAACCGCCACCUCAACAACUCUGUCAUGAUCCUCACCUACGCGCUCAUGAACGAAGGAGUAACGGGACUCAAGGAGCUGGCCUUCUUACGAGACCUAGCCGAACAGAACUCUAUGAAGUAUGGUGUUCCAGAUCGUUCCACCCUGCCCGUUGUAAAAGGCAGUAUGAUGGUUCUGAAUCAGCUCAGUAACCUGGAGACCACAGUGGGCCGCUUCUACAUUAACCUCCCCAAUCGAAUGAUCGACGUGGCCUCCUUCAGCUUGCCUUAUGCGGACCAGAUGGGAGACGGUUUCAUAAUGACUGUCAGCAGGCCAUGCUACUUUGGAAAUUUGUUGUUGGGUGUAGUUGGAGUGGACGUGAAUCUGGCAUACAUACUGGAGGACGUCACCUACUAUCAGGACUCCCUGGCCUCAUAUACGUUCCUCAUAGACAAUAAAGGCUACACCCUCAUGCACCCGUCACUCACCCGUCCAUACCUGAUGACUGAAGCUCCUCUCCAUACUGACAUCAUCCAUUAUGAGAACAUCCCAGGGUUUGCUGCUGUGCGUCAAAACAUCCUCAGUCUGCCCCUGGGAAGCCAGGUCAUUGCUGUGCCUGUCAACUCUUCUCUGUCUUGGCACAUGAACCGCCUACGUGAUCCCAGUCGAGAUGCCUACAAUGUCAGCUACGCCUGGAAACUGGUUCAGGACACUUCAUUUAUCUUGUGCAUAGUUUAUGUUCAGCCGGAGAUCCCAGUGAAGCAACUGAAAAAUCUGAACACGGCACCCAGCAGCAAACUCCUGUACCACCGCCUGGAUCUGCUGGGGCAACCCAGCUCCUGCCUCCACUUUAAACAGCUUGCUACAGUCGAGAGUCCCACGGUGAUGUUGUCCGCUGGUAGUUUCUCCUCUCCAUAUGAGCACUUGAGUCAGCCGGAGACCAAGCGCAUGGUGGAGCACUACACCGCCUACCUGAGUGACAACACCCGGCUCAUAGCCAACCCGGGCCUAAAGUCUUCUGUGAGGAAUGAGGUGAUGGCCACCAGUCACGUGACAGAUGAAUGGAUGAGUCUUAUGGAGAUGAGCAGUCUCAACUGCUACAUUGUGAGGCGUUACAUAGCAACGCCCAAUGGGGUGCUGCGGAUUUACCCCGGUUCGCUCAUGGACAAAGCCUUCGAUCCCACCAGGAGGCGAUGGUACCUACAUGCUGUAGCCAAUCCUGGUCUCAUCACUUUUACUGGACCCUACCUGGAUGUUGGUGGGGCGGGUUAUGUGGUCACCAUUAGCCACACCAUCCAUGCCUCAAGUUCCCAGAUGGCCUCCGGGUACACAGUAGCAGUUAUGGGCAUUGACUUCACUCUGCGCUACUUCUACAAAGUUCUGUUGGAUCUUUUGCCCAUCUGCAACCAAGACAAGGGCAAUAAAAUCCGGUGUUUUAUCAUGGAGGACAGAGGCUAUCUGGUGGCCCAUCCGACCCUGAUUGAUCCGAAGGGCCACGCUCCGGCAGAACAGCAACAUAUUACUCAUAAGGAGCCUCUAGUGGCCAAUGACAUUCUUAACCACCCCAACUUUGUGAAGAAGAACCUGUGUAACAGUUUCAGUGAUCGUACCGUGCAGCGUUUCUACAAGUUCAACACCAGUAUUGUGGGUGAUCUGACAAACCUAGUGCAUGGCAGUCAUUGCUCAAAGUACCGGCUCACCCGUAUCCCUGGAACCAAUGCGUUUGCUGGCAUUGUGAAUGAAACCUGUGAUUCACUGGCCUUCUGCGCUUGCAGUACCGUGGAUCGGCUCUGUCUUAACUGCCACAGAAUGGAGCAGAAUGAGUGUGAGUGCCCCUGUGAAUGCCCUCUAGAGGUGAACGAAUGUACCGGCAACCUCACCAACGCUGAGAACAGAAACCCGAGCUGCGACGUGCACCAGGAGCCUUUGUCUUUGACUGUAAUUGAGCCCAGUCUACAGGACACUCUGCCUCAGUGUAUCAACACCAGAUGCAGCCAGCGCUUCACCAGCAGUGACUGUUUUGGUGUUCUGGACUGUGAGUGGUGUACUGUGGACAGCGAUGGAAAGACCCACCUGGAUAAGCCUUACUGUGCCCUGCAGAAGGAAUGUUUUGGAGGGAUAGUGGGUGCCAAGAGUCCUUAUGUGGAUGGACUGGGCAUUUUAGACGAGGAGUUGGCAUCGCUGAACAUGAUCAAGAGUGCACCCGUGGGGCCAGUAGCAGGAGGGAUUAUGGGUUGCAUCAUGGUGCUGGUGUUGGCUGUGUAUGCCUACAGGCACCAGAUCCACCGUCGCAGCCAUCAGCACAUGUCCCCGCUGGCCGCACAGGAGAUGUCUGUGCGGAUGUCCAACCUAGACAACGAGCGAGAUGACCGAGAUGAAGACAGUCACGAAGACAGAGGAAUAAUCAGUAACACUCGAUUUAUUGCUGCUGUUAUUGAGAGGCACACACACAGUCCAGAACGACGGCGGAGAUACUGGGGCCGGUCAGGGACAGAAAGUGACCACGGUUAUAGCACCAUGAGCCCUCAGGAGGACAGCGAGAACCCGCCCUGCAACAACGAUCCUCUAUCGGCGGGCGUUGAUGUGGGCAAUCACGACGAGGACCUCGACCUGGACACGCCUCCGCAGACAGCCGCUCUUCUCAGCCAUAAGUUCCAUCCCUAUAGGCACCCCCACACGCACCACCCCCUGCACUUGCACACGCACCAUCUCCAGGCGGCCGUCACCGUGCACAGCGUGGAUGCCGAGUGCUGAUCCUGCCCACCGUGACCCCAAACAAACCGCCAACCCUGCCUUUUAUGCCACUGAUAUCUUCACCCACCACCCCCAACAUCAGCAAGCCCUCCAGUCAGGCCCUGCAUCCUCCAAAAUCAGGAGAGAACCUGAACUCCCAGCUCUCCCUGGGCAUCCACCGAUGGUGGUCAGAGGUGUUUUGUGCUUGGUGACCAUGAGGGCGAACAUUUGAUCUCUGUAGAGGUCAUUAGGGAGUAGAUUUGGCAGGUGCAUAUACGAUACAAAGCUCCUUAUGUUUUUUUUUUUCUUUCUUUUUUCCAAAAAAACAAUGAAGAUGAAAGGAUUAUUUUUUUACUAUUUAUUUAAUAGGAGUGGAGAUGGAGAUAAAUGAAUGGGAAAAAAAGAGAAAUUGACUGACUGAAUUUGUCAGCUUUCUACUCGGCCGGUGGAGCCCAUUUUAGGACCCGGCCCUGGUUUUGUCCUUGACUAGACUGCGUAGCAGCCUUGAAGGAUUCGAUUCAUGGCACGUUUGAGUCACACACAUGCCAUGAGAAUUUCUUGUGGGGAGAGUAAACAAAGCAUUUCAAGGAACAAUAGACAUGAAUGCCUGUGCUGCACAUCAAGGAGACGUGAAAAAGUGCUGUAUUCUGAUGAGCUGUCACUCUCUGGUUUGUUUGUUUUUUUUGACGGUGUGAGAUGAUGGUGAAUUUUAAGACACUGUGCAAUGUGACCAAGGUGCUCUGGGCCACAAACCCAGUGCAGGAUAUUUGACAUUUUUAAAAGAUGACUGGGAGAGAGACUAUGCUCAGUCCUGCCACUGUGUGUAAAAGCUCUCGUCGUAUUUCUGUCUGCCUGAUUAUUUUACAUUUGGUGUACGAGAGAGAGAGAGAAACUGAGUGUGCAUGUGCUGGUGCUUGUGUACGUAGUUGUGUGCGAAUGCGAUGGAUGUGUGAUGCCUCAGAUGGAUCGUCUCCAUUAAUGUUGUCGUUUUUUUAAGUCUUUAGUCAGUAUUGAUGGAAUGCCAUGAUAUUUUUCAGAUCCUUCUAAACCCAUGUGCACUUUUACUCAACUGCCUGAUUUUAGAGGGAUUGUGUCUAUUGUUUUCAGAAUGAAAUGAUAUACCGUGUAUAUACAUCUAAAAUUUAACAAAGUAGCUAUAAAUGUGUCAUACACUACAAAUCUUUUAUUCUCA